AUGUCAGGUUCCAACAGCAACCCUGGAAGCGGACAGGCACCCCCAGAGUCGGGAGCAGCGGCUACCGUGCCUGCUGCCCUGCCGAUAGAAUCGAUCGAGCAGUCAUUCAGUGACACCGACUCUGGAUACGAAGAAGGCAGCUUGUCGACAGCAUCUGUGACUUCCAGUAUCUACGCAUUUGAGCAGGAAAAUGGCAGGACGUACCAUUCAUACAAGGCUGACAAAAAGUACGUUAUGCCGAACGAUGAGGCUGAAAGGGACCGAAUGGACAUCCACUACCACAGCCUUCGCUACGCGAUGAGAGAUAAACUCUUCUAUGCCCCCAUAGAACACCCGACGUCGGUCUUUGACGUGGGGACAGGCACUGGUAUCUGGGCCAUGGAUGUGGCAGACGCAUAUCCGGGAGCACAGGUGCUGGGCAUAGACUUGUCUCCUAUCCAGCCAAACUGGGUGGCCCCGAACCUCUCAUUCCAGGUAUUCGAUCUGGAGGAGCCAUGGGACAUGCCAGGGCGUUUUGACCUAGUGCACAGCCGCGAGAUGAAUGGGUUUUCGAUCAAGAACUGGCCCAAAUUCUUCGAACAGGCGUUCGCGUCCUUGAGGCCAGGAGGGUGGGUGGAGUGCCAGGAAUUUGACCUGGAUAUUACUUCCGACGACAAUACCAUCCCCGCAAACAGUGCAGUGAUAAGAUGGCAAAAUCUUUGGGAACAAGGUGUCCAACGAGGUGGCAUGACAGGUCGAUGCUACCCACUCCAAAUGGCGGAACAGAUGCGGGAGGUAGGCUUCAUCAAUGUCCAAAUCUUACCCUUCAAGAUGCCAAUUGGACCCUGGGCCAAAGACCCAAUGCUGCGACAAUCAGGACUGUGUACGCUUGUUGGCCUGUUGGAUGGCGUAUUCGGACUGAGUGUCAGAGUGUACACUCAGCACCUUGGCUGGUCCGUCGAAGAGCUGGAAGCGCUCCUGGUGCAGGUACGACAGGAAUGGAGGAGCAAGAGGAUUCACAGCUAUUUCCCAAUAUACGUUGUCUACGGCCAGAAGCCACCGUGA